GAGGACGUCCCCCCAGCCAGUGGCCCAGAGGGCAGUGGGUCGAGGUGUCCAUCAUGCCCAGUGGUAUGCCAUCCCCCAAACGCACCCGGCGCCUCCCCUGAGCCCAGGGCCUGCAACCCGCCCGCCUAACCGUACCAUGAGCCACGGGCCAAGCCCCCGGCUGGCUGAGUCCCCGCAGCUGUCCAAGGGCAGCCUCCUGACCAUCCUGGGCAGCCCGUCACCCGAGCGCAUGGGGCCGGCCGACUCGCUGCCGCCCACGCCGCCCAGCGGGACGCCCUCGCCGGGCCCCCCUCCUGCGCUACCCUUGCCACCGGCGCCCGCGCUGCUGGCAGACGGGGACUGGGAAAGCCGCGAGGAGCUGCGGCUAAGGGAGCUGGAAGAGGCGCGGGCGCGGGCGGCACAGAUGGAGAAGACCAUGCGCUGGUGGUCAGACUGCACCGCCAACUGGCGCGAGAAGUGGAGCAAGGUGCGCGCCGAGCGCAACCGCGCGCGAGAGGAAGUGCGCCAGCUGCGCCAGCGCCUCGAAGCGCUCACCAAGGAGCUGGCGGGCGCGCGGCGCGAGCGCCAGGAGGCGCAGGGCGAGUGUGAGGCACGGGGCCGCGAGCUGGCUCGGUUGCGGGGCGCCCGGGGAUCUGCCGACCGGACGCCCGACGGGGAGCACGAGCCAGUGCGCGACAUUGGGUCGGAGAGGCCCCAGGGCAACCAGGAGCUGGAGCUGGUGGAGAGCCUGCUGAAGAGCAGACCAGAGGAGCCCGAGGGCUGCUGGGAGGCACGCAGCAUGGGGGCCGGGGGCCCACGGGGCAGCUCAUGCCGCCUGGAGCGCAGCCGGCUGCCCUGGGAGGACACAGCUGCCACCGAGGAGGACGCCUCCAAGUUGACCGCCCUGCGGCUGCGGCUGGACGAGUCCCAGAAGGUGCUGCUCAAGGAGCGAGAGGAUAAACUGGCUCUGAGCAGGAACAUUGAGAAGCUGGAGGGGGAGCUCAGCCAGUGGAAGAUCAAGUACGAGGAGCUGAGCAAGACCAAGCAGGAGAUGCUCAAGCAACUCAGCAUCCUGAAGGAAGCGCACCAGGAUGAACUGGGCCGCAUAUCUGAAGAUCUGGAGGAUGAGCUGGGAGCCCGGUCCAGCAUGGAUAGGAAGAUGGCUGAGCUGAGGGGCGAGAUGGAGCGGCUGCAAGCGGAGAACGCAGCUGAGUGGGGUCGCCGGGAGCGGCUGGAGACUGAGAAGCUGGGCCUGGAGCGGGAGAACAAGAAGCUGCGGGCGCAGGUCGGAGACCUGGAGGACGCGCUGGCCCGCCGGCGGCGGCAGACCACCAGCGCACUGGACUGUGACCUGCGGGCCAGCCAGGCAGCGCUCUUUGAGAAGAACAAGGAGCUGGCAGACCUGAAACACGUGCACAGCAAGCUGAAGAAGCAGUUCCAGGAGAAGGUGGCAGAGUUGGCACACGCCAACCGGAGGGUGGAACAGCACGAGGCAGAGGUGAAAAAACUGCGUCUGAGGGUAGAAGAGCUCAAGAAGGAGCUAGCCCAGGCUGAGGAUGAACUGGACGAGGCCCACAACCAGGCACGCAAGCUGCAGCGGUCACUGGACGAGCAGACAGAGCAGAGCGAGAACUUGCAGGUGCAGCUGGAGCACCUGCAGUCCAGGCUCCGCAGGCAGCAGCAGAACGCCCCCCUCUUCGGGAAGAUCCGUAGCACUCGUUUUGGCACCGAGGAGGCUGGGGACGGAACCAGCGACCUGGACGAGGACGAGGACCUGCAGAUCCAGGUGGCCUAGAGCCCCGCAGGGCUGGGCAGGGCUGGCCUGUGGCCACAGGUGCCCCAGAUGCCCAGGCUGACCAGCCACUCGAACUGAUGCAGCUGCCUGUUGCCCGCUCUGGACCAGAUCCCACCCCUGCCACACAAGACUUCCUUCUCUCCCAGGGUUGGCGUUGGUGGUUCUACCCACCAACACCCUGUGGAAGGGAAGCCACAGCCUACACUAUAUAUAUAUUAUAUAUAUGCCCAGGGUCCUUGGACCCAUUUGGUUUUAUAAACACAAGACCGCUCCAAGGCCCAUUCCAGGUGCCCCACCCACCGAGGGCCCUCUGCAGGAGGUGGGGGGAUGGCAAUGGGGGGCCGUCCAUAAUGGAAUGUGAUAAACCCAAUGCUUUAUAAUAAAUGGAGUUCAGGUUCUCAGGGCGGAGUCCUGAGAAGGUGGCAAAGAUGGGCAGAGGAUGUGGGGGAACAGCAUUAGCUUACGUCUGGCACGGAGCCAGUGCUCAGAAAUGGGGAGUGACAAUAAAAGAAUGCAUGUGUGAAAGAAUGAAUGAAAGAGUGUCUGGGUGCAGAAUAGUCUGGAACCCAGCUCAUGUGACAG